ACAGAAAGCAUCAAUGACAGCAUUAGCAAAUUGUCCAACCAGUUAUUAUCACAAAAAUAAAUUUAUAACUCUAACAUUCUCUUCUUCUUCUUCUUCUUCUUCUUCUGUAAUUUUAAACAGAUCCUUCAAGUCAACAGCUUUUACUUCUCGAUCCCCUCUCUCUCUUCGCUGCUUCUCCUCUCCUCACCCUGUUGAAGAUAUGGAUGGUGGUGCUGGUAUAAGUUUGUAUCCGUCGCAUCGCUGCAAGACUCUUUAUCUGGUGAGGCAUGCACAAGGAAUUCACAAUGUUGACGGAGAUAAGAACUUCAAAGCAUAUAUGUCUCCUGAAUAUUUUGAUGCACAUCUAACCCAACUUGGCUGGCAGCAGGUUGACAAUCUGCGUAAGCAUGUCCAUGAAACUGGGCUCUCAAAGCGGAUUGAUUUAGUAAUUGUUUCUCCUUUGCUUAGGACACUGCAAACAGCUGUUGGAGUUUUUGGUGGUGAGGGCUAUGAGGAUCGGAUGGAUGUAGUACCACUAAUGGUGGCAAAUGCUGGAAACAGUGGCCGUGCUGCAAUUUCAAGUCUAAACUGCCCACCAGUCAUUGCGGUAGAACUUUGUCGAGAACAUUUGGGAGUUCAUCCUUGUGAUAAGAGGAGAAACAUCAGUGACUAUCAGUUCCUCUUUCCUGCCGUUGAUUUUUCCCUGAUAGAAAGUGAUGAAGAUGUAUGGUGGAAGGCCAAUGUUAGAGAGACAAAGGAAGAAGUUGCUGCCAGGGGAUUGAAAUUCAUGAACUGGUUGUGGACACGUAAAGAGAAAGAGAUAGCAAUUGUCACCCAUAGUGGAUUCUUGUUUCACACAUUAACUGCAUUUGGAAAUGACUGUCACCCUUCUGUGAAGGCAGAAAUAUGCAAACAUUUUGCUAAUUGUGAGCUUCGCUCCAUGGUCAUCGUUGACAGAAGUAUGACUGGGUCGGACCCCUCAACGGUAAAUUAUCCAGGAAAGUUUCCUUCUGGGUUGGAUCUUCCCAGUGAUGUCGCGGAUAAGAAGCUGGAGAAAGAAGAAACCAGUUCAAAUUCAGUAGAGUAGUCACUAGUGAAGGAAAUGGGUAUUCUUAAUAUACUAAUCGCAUUGUUGGAAACUCUGGCUUCUUUUCUCUGCAUACAGUAAUGUUGUUUUAAAAAACUUAUGUUUGCAUGAAGAUCUUGGUUGCAAUUUGAAUCUGGAAGACAUAAAACCAACUAUAUUUGAAGUUUUAAUUCUGGUGAA